AUGUCAUCGUCAUCAUCCAGGUCUCAUAAGCUGGUAACUGAGCAUGACAUUUCAAGUGAUAGCAAUAAGAAGCGUAAAGGUGCACUGGGUCAUGAAAUGGAGGAAGCUGCUAAGCCCAAGCGUCGCAUCUAUGGGCCCGAUUUUCCUGUUCAUGAGUCUUACAUGCCCAAGAGCCCAACGCUGGGCGCACACCGUCAUUCAGAUCAUGUCACCUUAGCAUCCUCAACUACAAACGGGUCCAACGUGUCUAACAUGAAUCGUACACGUCUAUCACAUCCUGUCCAGUCUUACGGCUAUCCGUCGUUAACCGGACGAGUUUCUCCGCCCUACAUUUUUGCUGGAGGGUAUGGGAGGUCCGGUCAUACCAACUUGGAUUCAUUUCUCGGGUCGGGUCUAAUUCCUCCUCUGAUGACUCCACUCAAGAAUUCGUUUUCUUCAAUGGAGCGGCACCGUGGUCGGCCAUACCUUAAGCCCUUGCCAAGUCUAUCACCAGAACCUGCUUUUUACCCGUCGUCAACGGCUUCGAAGGCUCCGCACAAUUCUACCGAUUUACCUUUCCAUCAUUCCAAAAUUGGCAAGGAUUCAAACCCACUUCGCUACUCUGCGUUUCUCUCAACAGUUGACUCUGAAAAGGGUCUAUUGCUUCCAAGUAUGUUGGAUCGUAGUCGUGAGAGUCUUUCGAAUCUUCCAGUUCGCUCUCUGGAUCCUCACUCUACUAGCCAUUCGGACUGGUCUCCCUUAUCUGCUGAACAAAGGUACAACGACCGUCCUUAUGUUUCGCCGUCUCUCGAUUUUCGAGAACGCAAUACAGACUUUGGUCACACUAAGCCACUCUCAGCAGGUACCUUAGAUGCGGCUGCUCUAAAACCUGAAGUCAGGAAGCCAACGUUUCUCCCGCAUCUGGCCACGCGCUACGAUCGAGAUGACCUUGAUGUGAAAUAUAAUCGUUCAUCGAACAUUGAAAGUUAUCAUUCUUUUCAAUCUCGUCCACUAUCCUAUGAAGCUCGGCGUCUAGCUAGCGAACGACUACCGGAGGAACGAAAGUCGGUUCAUUCUUCUUCAAAUGGUGGGCGUCUUCUGACACAUCCUACUUCAACAAGACCCAUCUCCCGGGACCUGGUGUAUCGUGAAGGUAUUGAUGGAUUCUUGGGCCGACGCGAUCUCCGAAAGGUCCCAUCGUUGAAACCUUUCAAAUCCCUUGAGUCUCAAUCUUCACCUCAUGCGGUGCCCUCAUUCAAUCAAGAUGGUUCAGGGUACUCAAGCAUAUGUCCUGGAGCUCAUCGGCGUUAUGCUUUAAUAAAUUGA